AGAGGAGGAGGAAGAGAAGGAUGAAAGAGAAGAGGUGUUGAGAGGAGAGGAGGAAACAGAGAGGCAGGAGACUGACUUUCACUCUCCCAGCAGGCAAUGGGGUGUGACAUCACCGCCGGCCUCCUCCUCUGAGGAGGAGCCCAGAGGCCAUCCAAUGAGAAUGCUGGACCUUGUGAAAGAGGAGGAGUUUGAGACGUACUCCCUCCUGAGUGGGCCAAUCAGAGAGCUGUAUGCUGAAACAGAGCAUCAGGGGACAUGUAGUCAAGAAGAGGAGGCGGAGCUUCUGCUGUCGGAGCUCGUUAAUAGGACGAAGUCUGCCCUCUGUCAGAAAGAACAAACACCCAUAGACAAACACCAUCACGAACACACACACCCCGACACACACCAUCACGAGCAAACACACUCCGACACACACCAUUAUGAACACACACACUCCGACACACACCUUUAUGAACCCACACAACCCGACACACACCAUUAUGAACACACACACCGGUUCAGGGGAGGAGGGCUCCAUAACGCGACCGCAGAGAACGUGCCAGGUGCAGUGAUGAAGAUGAGGCUGCUGGAGGCCGCUGAGAGGGUCCACCACUCUUUAGCAUCCCUAGUAACCCUGGUUACACAAGCACCCCAAAUCUAGCGUCUCACACACACACUAAGAAUCCCAUAUAAACACACACAUUCUGAGACACAUACACACACUAAGACACAAACGCGCACGCACACACACGUAGACUGAGAUACACACACUCUGAGACCUACACACACACAGAGACACACACCGACACACACGCACACACACUCUGAGACACACAUCCUGAGACAAAACACAAACAAUCUGAGACACACAAACACAUAACCUGAGACGUUUACAUGACACUCAAGAAAGUGAUAUCAAAUAAAA